AUGAGCGAACUCCCCCUACCACCUCCAGUUGUAAAAACUUCACGCCUCGAAUUUCAACUCCUUGAAGAGUCGCACCUCAAUGAUUUCCACGCUAUCUGGAGCAAUCCCUCUGUAGCCAAGUGGUCAACUCGUGGAACCUCCCAUUCACUUGGAGAGAGUAGAGCCCGCAUGGAUGGGUUAUUCUUUGACCCAGAGAAGCCCAAGCGUCUCAAUUACGGGGUUUUAAUUCGAGCUUCCAACUCCGACACAACGACCAAUUGCGCCAUGAUUGGUGUCAUUGGUGUCACCUCUCGCUUCUCCCUAGACACGGUUGAGAUAGGCUAUAUCUUUAACCAGUCCUUCUGGGGUCAGGGAUACGCAAGUGAAGCGCUUGUUGCAUACAUAGAAGCAUAUUGGGGGUACUCCAAAGGUAUCAAUUUCAUUAUAGCAAAGGUAGACCCGUUCAAUAUGGGCAGUAUUAGGGUUCUUGAGAAGUGCGGGUUUAGGGUUGUGGAACGUUUUGUAGGUGAUAUAAUAUUACCGGGGUUGGGGAGGAGGGAUACAACCCUUAUGAAGCUCGAUAGGCCGUGA